CAGGCACUGAGUCCGACAUUCACCCGCUGCCUGCCCAAGCGCCCAGUCGCCGUGCCCGGGACUCCUCCAGGAUCAAGCUGACUGUCUGCCCUCCGACUUUCUGGUGAUCCUGCGACGCGACGCCGCCGCCAUGACCAUAAGACGCCCCUCACACGACGCGGCCGCCGUCAAGAGCGAGCCCCUCAAGCUUCCCACCAGCAGGAGGACAUGGGUCCCGGCACGCUUCCUCAUAGCGCUGAUGGCCUUCUCGGGCAUCACCCUCAACUACAUCCUGAGAGUGAACAUCAACUUCGCCCUCGUGGCCAUGGUCAAGCACGGCCCCGCCAACGCCUCAGCCGCGGCGGUGAAUCACACGGCGUCGGGUAGCGGUGAGGACCUGCUCUUCCUCAACGGAUCCGCGCCGUGGAUGGGCCUCUACAACGCCACGGACGCAGACGGGGGGUCGGCCGUGUUGGUAGCGCAGGAGAAGAAGGACGCGACUUCGGCAGCCACCCUGGCGGCGGAGCUCGACAUGUGCCCCGCGCCGGAGGAACACACGGAGUCGCAUGCUACAUAUCACGGUGACCUCCCGUGGGACGAGUGGACGCAGGGGCUGGUGGCGGGCGCCUUCUUCUACGGCAACGUGUGGACGCAGGUGGGCGGCGGGCGGCUGGCGGAGGUCUGGGGGUCGCGGCGCGUGAUGGGCGUCGCCGUGCUCGCGUCCGCCCUCCUCACGCUGCUGCAGCCCGUCGCCGCCCGCGCGAGCUACGUCUUCCUCAUCUUCAUCAGGAUCCUCGUCGGCCUCUUCCUGGGUGUGACGACUCCCGCUACACAGGCACUCCUUGCCGGCUGGUCUCCGCCUAUGGAGAGGUCGACAAUAUCUUCAUUUGUGUAUGCAGGAGCACCGGCGGGAACUAUCGUGGCCUUCCCCGUCUCUGCCUUCAUUAUCGAGACGAUGGGCUGGGAGGCCGUGUUCUACCUGCAGGGAACUCUCGCCAUUCUGUGGUGCGUCGGCUGGUACUACAUCGUCACAGAUUCGCCGAAGGACUUCCACUGGAUCUCAGACGAGGAGAAGCAGUACAUCACCACCUCCAUUGGCAUCAGCAAGAAUAAGAAGGGAUAUCUCUUAAUAGAAAAUCUCUUUUUAAAAUCUAUAUAUGUUCUUGAGAGCACCGGCGGAACUAUCGUGGCCUUCCCCGUCUCUGCCUUCAUUAUCGAGACGAUGGGCUGGGAGGCCGUGUUCUACCUGCAGGGAACUCUCGCCAUCCUGUGGUGCGUCGGCUGGUACUACAUCGUCACAGAUUCGCCGAAGGACUUCCACUGGAUCUCAGACGAGGAGAAGCAGUACAUCACCACCUCCAUUGGCAUCAGCAAGAAUAAGAAGACUCCGCCCAUCCCAAUGAAGCAGAUGCUGACGUCACUUCCGGUGUGGUCCGUGAUCUUCUCCGCCGUGGGAAAUAACUGGGGAUUCUACACCCUGCUGUCUAUCGUGCCACUCUACAUGAAGACCAUCAUGCACAAGGACAUAAAGACCAACGCGAUGCUGUCAGGCCUGCCAUAUGUGGGCAUGUGGGCGUGGUCUCUGGGCGCAGGCGUGGCUGGUGAUUGGCUAAUGAGAAGAUGGAACGUCCGUACUGUUGUUGUCAGGAAGAUUGCCAACACCAUAGCCAACGUGGGCCCGGCGCUGUGCCUCGUGGGCCUCCUCUUCGUCAGGUGCGACUGGUGGGCCACGGUGGCGCUCAUGUCCCUCGCCGUCACGGCCGUCGGGGCCAUCUACUCGGGCCACUACGUCAACCCCAUCGACCUGGCGCCCAACUUCGCCGGCACUCUGAGCGGCAUCGUCAACACGGCUGGGAAUGUGCCCGGGUUCCUGGCGCCGAUGACGGCCGGGUACAUCAUCAACAACCAGCCGACGCUGACGCAGUGGAGGAAGGUGUUCAUCAUCGCCGCCGUCGUGUACACCGUGGACGCGAUCCUCUACCUGCUGUUCGCUUCGGGAGACGAGCAGAGCUGGAACUCCGUGCCCGAUGUCGCCGACCCGGAGAGCGGAGGCGCCCCUGAGGCCACGCAGCAGAAGGGUGGCUCCGGAGACGCGUUCAAGGAGAGCGGGGUCCUCAGGGGCGUCUUCGUCCAGGGUGAGCCCAGGGAAGACGCUGCGGCCCAGCAGAGGGAGAGGCCCGAAGGGAAGGGGGCGUCGCGAGGCAGCGAGAAGGCCGUCCUGCAGAGCAAGCCCUCAGGGGACGACGCAGGACACACCAACAGGGCCUACUGCUCCACCGAAGGAGAAUAAACAAGGGUAAACUCAUUCAGGUACUUAGGCCUAUAUCAUGCUCUGUGUUCGGCCCAAGGCGUGGCAGACACGGUGUUUUGCUUACUUGUUGACUCUCUGUAUCUGCCUUUCUAUAUUGUAGUGUCAGUGUAUGCUAUGAGAA